UUUUGAUAACCAACACAAACCAAACCAAGAGCCAAAGCAAAAAAAAAAAAACAAAGAAAAUGCCUUCAUCUUCCACAACCACAGUUUCAAAAUGCAUUAUCUACCCAAGCCAAAAAUCAUCAAUAAAACCCUUAAAACUUUCUGUUUCUGAUCUUCCCAUGCUCUCAUGCCACUACAUCCAAAAGGGUAUUCUACUUUCCGCACCUCCUUAUUCCUCUGAAAACCUAAUCCACACCCUCAAAAACUCCCUCUCCAUCACUCUCUCCCACUUCCCUCCCCUCGCCGGCAGACUCACCACCGACUCCGACGGUUACAUUUACAUAACCUCCAACGACGCCGGCGUCGAGUUCGUUCACGCAAAAGCCAAACACCUUACGAUAAACACCAUUAUCUCACCUUCUCUCAUAGACGUUCAUCCUUGUUUCCAAGAGUUUUUCGCUUACGAUUUACCGGUUUCUUACUCCGGACACAAUAUCCCCCUCGCCGCCGUCCAAGUCACCGAACUCGCCGACGGUGUUUUCAUCGGUUGCACUGUUAACCAUUCCGUAACCGACGGAACUUCCUUCUGGCACUUCUUCAACACGUUCGCCGCCGUCACGAAAAACACCACCGCCGCUGUUAAGAUCUCCAAAUCCCCCGAUUUCACCCGCGACACAGUUUUCAACUCCCCCGCCGUCCUCCCUAUCCCCGCCGGUGGCCCCGCCGUCACGUUUGACGUCAACGAGCCCAUCCGUGAACGCAUCUUCCAUUUCUCUCGUGAAUCCAUUCUCAAACUCAAACACAAAGUAAACAGUAACAGUAACAGUAACGGUUUAACAGAUCCAACUGAAUUGAUAGGGAAACAAGCAAACGACGGUUGGAAAAACGUUUACUCUAACGGUCACGUUAACGGAAACGCAACCGUUAACGGAAACGGAAAAACAAACUACAGAAACGAGAUCUCGUCGUUUCAAUCGUUAAGUGCGCAACUAUGGAGAUCAGUGACACGUGCGCGAAAUUUAGAUUUAUCGAAAACGUCGACGUUUCGUAUGGCUGUGAAUUGUCGACACAGACUAAACCCAAAAAUGGACGCGUUUUAUUUCGGAAACGCGAUUCAGAGCAUCCCAACCGUUGCUUCGGUGAAAGAUAUAAUAUCCAACGAUCUAAAAUUCUGCGCGGAGCUUCUACACAAAAACGUCGUCGUUUACGAUGACGCUACGGUGCGGAGCGGAAUAGAGGAUUGGGAGAGUAAUCCUAGGUUGUUUCCGUUGGGGAAUUUCGAUGGAGCUAUGAUAACUAUGGGAAGUUCACCUCGUUUUCCUAUGUAUGAUAAUGAUUUUGGUUGGGGGAAGCCUUUGGCAAUUCGGAGUGGAAAGACGAAUAAAUUUGAUGGGAAAAUUUCAGCUUUUCCUGGGAGAGAUGGAAAUGGAAGUGUUGAUCUUGAGGUUGUUUUGGCUCCUAAGACUAUGGAUGGACUUGAAAACGACAUGGAGUUUAUGCAGUAUGUUACAGAAGUAGAAGUAGUAGUGUGAAGAAAAAAAAACAUAGAAGGGUGUUCUGGUAAAAUUAUUAAGGAGUUAAAGAGGAUGAAACGAACAAUGGUGUCUUGAUUCUUGAAUUUGGUCGGGUUCGGUUUGUUCGGUCAACGUUGGUUUGAUGAGGUUGGGUAAAUGUUUAGGGAGUGUUUGGGUGGUUGGUUGAUCGUACGGAUAUUAAUGAGUUUCUAUAAAAGUGGUUUUCUUGCUUUUCACUUUCCACGUGACUAGUAAUAGGAUGGGAAAGUAGUAGUAAUAAAUAAUGAUGAUAUUGAUAAAUGAAAAUGGAAAAUAAAAAAAAAGAAAUAUGUUGAAGCCAAAUUAGGUGUUUGGUGUUCUUUUUAUGUUUAAUUUUUUUUUAGGUUUUUUUUUUUAUGAAUUAAUUUAUAUCACUGAGGUGUGAAAUUAGAAAUAAUGGGAUGCUAGAGAAGAAGAUUUGAUUGAUAGAUAUAGAUGAAUCUUUGUGAAGUGACUUGAGAUUAUUGAAGUAUUUAAUAAAUAUAAUUUCUUGUUUGACAAUUUUAA